AUGUCCUUCAGUGCCACCAUUCUCUUCUCCCCUCCCAGUGGCAGUGAAGCCAAAUGCUGCUGCUGUGCCUGUAAGAGUGAGACUAGCCAGGGCAGCUCGGGUUCUCAGGGUGGAAAUCCUCCUGCCAGCACCCCUAUCACAGUGACUGGGAGUGGCCUGGCAGUUCAGAGCACCGAACAGCUCCUGCAUAUUAUCUACCAGCGGGUAGACAAGGCCGUGGGUCUGGCUGAGGCAGCCCUGGGUCUUGCUCGGGCCAACAACGAGUUGUUAAAACAGCUCCAGGAAGAAGUGGGUGAGCUACGGCAGGGGAAAGUGUGCACUGCUGAUGAAGAUGGGGAGAGUCGGGCUCGCAGCCCACCACCCGAAGAGCCUGGACUGCUCAAGGGGAGUCCGGGGGAAGCCUACAAGACACUCUCUGCGAUGGAGGAGGAGUGUGAUAGCGUGGGCAGUGGUGUGCAGGUGGUGAUCGAGGAGCUGCGGCAGCUGGGGGCUGCCUCCACCGUGGGGCAGGGGCCUUUGGGCUUCUUCGCAGCCCCCCAGAGAGAUCUGCGGCUCCCGGGAUGUGCUCUGGCUGCGGUAGAGGGAGCCCCUCUGCUCAACCCCAUGGCGGACGAUUAUGUAGCCUCUGAGGGUGCAAUACAACGAGUGUUGGUCCCCGCGUAUGCCAAACAGCUUUCACCAGCCACACAACUGGCUAUCCAGAGGGCAUCCUCAGAGACAGGACCAGAAAAUGGAGCCAAGCUCCCAGCAACUCGCCCUGAGGACAUGCUUGGUUCAGCAGCACCGGACAAUGCCCUGGAAGAGUCAGGCCCGGGCAGCACCGGGGAAUUGAGCCGUUCUAUGGGAUUUAUUAGCUCUCCAUGCAGGAUCCGUGGGACCGGGCAGAAAAACUCCAGGCGCAAGCGUGAUCUGGUGCUCUCCAAACUGGUCCACAAUGUGCAUAACCACAUCACCAAUGACAAGAGAUUCAAUGGAUCUGAAAGCAUUAAGUCCUCUUGGAAUAUUUCAGUAGUGAAAUUCCUUUUGGAAAAGCUCAAGCAGGAACUGAUGACCAGUCCCCACAAUUACACAGAUAAGGAGCUGAAAGGAGCCUGUGUGGCCUACUUCCUUACUAAGAGGCGAGAGUACCGCAACUCUCUCAACCCUUUCAAAGGCCUAAAGGAAAAAGAGGAGAAGAAACUUCGAAGUCGCCGAUACCGGCUUUUUGCCAACCGAUCCAGUAUCAUGAGGCAUUUCGGCCCCGAGGACCAACAGCUGUGGAAGGCUGUGACAGAGGAGCUGAUGUCCGAUGAGGAGGACAGUCUCAAUGAGCCAGGUGUGUGGGUGGCCCGCUCUCCCCGCUUCAGGGCCCAGCGCCUCACAGAGCUGUGCUACCAUCUGGAUGUCAACUCGAAGCAUGGCACCAAAGCCAACCGUGUAUAUGGGCCACCCUCAGACAGAUUGCCUUCUGUGGAAGCCCAGCUCCUUCCACCCGAACUUUACAAUCCCAAUUUCCAAGAAGAGGAAGGAGGCGGAGGCAACGAGAAAGGACCUGUCUCUCCAUCCUUUGACCAGCCUCACAAGACAUCCUGUCCUGAUUUGAACUCCUUCAUUGAAAUCAAGGUGGAAAAGGAUGAAUACAGUCUCUAACAAGGGUCCCUCUGGCUCCUGACACUCUCCACGUACCAGAAACGGGUGACUCAGAAAAAUGAGGCGCCUCCUGCAGUCAGAAAAAGCAAAUCUGCUUCUCUUAACAUAGUGUCUGCUUGAAGUGGAAGCUGGAGACUCUAGUGAGACAGCAGAAUUUAUGUGGAAGGCAGGGGAGAGGCCCCGCCCCUCCGCACCAAUGGCAAGCCCGGAAAUGCUUUUUCCUUAAGUAUAAACAGUGCCUCAGAGGAGCCUGGGAUGGGAAAGGGGAAUGGGCCAAAGAAACAUGAGGCCUUGAUACAUGUCCCGAUCUCUGAUUUUGUUUGCUCCCCUUUCACCCUUCUCCCCCACCCCCUCCUUCAUUGUACCUACAGCUCAGGAGAAACACAGCGGGUCCUGUGCUGACCUGGAAGCAGAACAGACCAGCCAGGGUAAUACUGCCCCCUGGUGGGAGGUUUCAGUCAUGGGCUUUCUCUUCUGAGCAAGGGAAUAUGGGUUUACUGUUAUUUGGUAUUAGGGUCUAGAUGUGCUAGUUAUUGUUUGAAUUUUUUAAAUGAUAGUUAUUAUUUGUUGGAUUAUAUGAGAAAAUUUUAUUAUUCCCAUAUUACAUGUGAUAAAAUUAAAACUUAAACAUUUCUCUUGUUG